UUCUUGAAGAAAUAUUGGUCGUCGUUGCCCGCUCAGAGUUGUUUUGCUUGUCCGCACACAAUCAAGAUAUUAUUUUUUCGAGCAUUUAAGUCGAGCACAAAUAUUCACAAUAUAAUAUAAUACAAUGCCCCGUGCCAAGGCCACUAAAAAAAAGGUAGAGGAGCCUUUAGAGCUCGCUGCGGCUUCAACCAAUGGAGGUGUCGUCAAUGAAAACGCCGGUAGUGCAGAUGCUGAUGCCAAAGUGCUGACGAAGGGGAAGCCACGCGCUAAAAAAGCAUCCAAGACAACUGCUGCCGAAAACCCAGAUGCAGACCAAGUUGAAAACUCCCAGACCUCACUUGCACGUGGCGGCAGGAAGAAGCAGUACAAGGAGGAAGAGGAGAUCGUCGGAAAAGAGCCUAAGGCUCCGAAAGGACGUGCUGGAAAGGCAAGUAGCGAGCCUGAUGUAAUUGAGGAUCCUGCACCAAAAUCUAGCAAAGCAGUCAAGUCUCGGGCCAAAAAAGAAAAACAGCCUGCUGUUGAAGAAGAGGAAGAGCCAGCACCACCCAAGGGCCGCGCCAAAAGAGGAAAAGCGACAGCUGUCGAGGAAUCGCCUCCAAAGGAAACAAAAGCCCGCGGACGUAAGAGGAAAGACCCUUCAGAAGACGCAAAUGCUGUGGUAGAAGAAGUAGAACCGCCGAAACAACGACCAAAGAAAGAACAACCACCCUUGAUCGCGGCAGAGCCAGCGCAGAAGGGAAAAGAAAAUAAAACCGAAACAACAACCAAAAGGGCUCGAGUUAACAAGCGUCUGGCAGAUUCGGAAAUUGCCGAGGUUCUUGAGGAAGAAGAUGUAGUUCCAGAGCCGCCAAAGGCUACCAAUAAGCGAACUAAGAAAGCGAAAGCUGGGGAAAACGGUGUCCAAGCUGAGCCUGUGCCAGUAGGAGAUUCGAAGAGUGCUAAGUCUACAGAGGAAGCUAAAGCAGAUGCAGUCCCCAAUCCCACAAAGGCCACCAACAAGCGAGCUAAAAAAACUAAAGAAACCGAAGCUGUGCCGCCAGCUGAGCCGACUGAGGCAGCAAAGCCAGCUAAGCAGAGAGCCAAAAAGGACGGCAAGGAGGAACCCGAACCAGCACCCAGCAAAAAACGCGUUCAGAAGGCCUCUGCCAAGAAGGAGAACGAGGAGCUGGGAGAGACAGCUGAAAGCAAGCCAGUUCGCGGUCGAAAAAAAGCCGCCACUAAUUCGGAAGCUGUUGAAGAUGAUGCGAUUGAUGGGUCGAAAAGUAUGUUGGUGGAGCCCUCCGGAUGCGUGGGCGGUGCAGUAUUGAAAAGCUUGCACAACAUGCUCAACUUUUGUUUUCCAGCAUCCAAGGCCAAGAAGGAGAAGGUGGAGAAGGCUGGAGAAGCCAAAGUAAAUUUGGAUAAAGCUGAUUUUGCCCUGCCAGCUGAAAAGGUAUUCAAUUUCAAAAUCUCCAGCUGGAACGUGGCUGGCCUAAGAGCAUGGCUCAAGAAGGACGGUCUUCAGAGUUUGGCUCUCGAGGAGCCAGACAUAUUUUGUCUUCAAGAAACUAAAUGCUCAAACGAUCAACUGCCCGACGAAGUGACCAACGUGCCGGGCUAUCAUCCCUACUGGUUAUGCAUGCCAGGCGGCUAUGCUGGGGUGGCCAUAUACAGCAAGAUUAUGCCCAUUCAUGUCGAGUACGGCAUUGGAAGCGAGGAGUUUGAUGAUGUGGGACGCAUGAUAACCGCCGAGUAUGAAAAGUUCUAUUUGAUCAAUGUCUAUGUUCCGAAUUCGGGUCGCAAGCUGGUUAACUUGGAGGCCCGCAUGCGUUGGGAGAAACUGUUCCAGUCCUAUGUACAGAAGCUCGACGCCUUAAAGGCGGUCGUUAUAUGUGGCGACAUGAAUGUGUCCCAUAGCGAAAUCGAUUUGGAAAAUCCGAAGACAAACACCAAAAAUGCAGGCUUCACUAAAGAGGAGCGGGAUAAGAUGACAGAGCUGCUUGGCCUCGGAUUCGUUGAUACCUUCAGGCAUUUGUAUCCCGACAAAAAGGGUGCCUACACAUUCUGGACUUACAUGUCCAACGCACGCGCUCGCAAUGUAGGCUGGCGUCUCGACUACUGCAUUGUCUCGGAGCGAUUUGUCUCGCGCAUAGUGGACCAUGUGAUGCGCAAGCAGCUCCUUGGAAGCGACCAUUGCCCAAUUACUGUAUUCCUUAAUAUUUAAACAGCAUUCCACUUUAUUUUCUUUGUUUUUAUUUGUAUGUAUUAAUUUGUAGGCAUUACGACCUUUUCACCCCUCAUAUAAUUGUACCGCCUGUUCUAUUUUUGUUGUAGAUCGACCAAGUUCGGUAUUUAAAUAGAAUUACACAAAAUAAAUUCCUCGUACAAACAAAAAGUGUUUGAA